ACUCGACUCGCCUCGAACUUGCCACCACCGACUUGAACGGCGGAGGAGCUCAAUGGACCGACCAAGUUCGGUCGGAUGGAUUUAACUCUCUCCGUCUUACUGGUCUUACUCGAUAUCUCUCUCCCUCACUCGCUCUAUGUGUGUUUGUGUGUGUGUGUUUCUCUCUCUCUCGUCUCUUUCUCUGUGUCUUUGGUCUGCAUGCCAAUGUUAUACGUGGGUUACGUACUAAGUUCUGGACUUGUCUUGUCGUACGUCCUCUUGUUCCCAGUUCCCUGCGCUCAGGCGCUCAGUUGAUGUUUCCCAUUGUAUAACGCGUUAGUCAAAUGUAAACCCGCUGUUCUACAAGAGUUACAACAUACAGCAGCUGCAAACUGUGAUGAAUCGAAGGUCGUCACUCUUCCAGCCUUUGUAAACGAUCGACACAAACACCCAAAACAAGUGGAGUCCAUCCGCCAUCGUUAUCUAUAUUCGGGUGUGAUUGGUGGUUGUUCUCUGUCAUCUGUCGGCCAGUGAGGGGUCCACGCCCAAACCUAACGAUGGCCACGUACGUGGUCGAAGAUUCCGAGGAGAAGCGACUUCUCAUGGGACACGCCUCGCCCAACCGAACCUCUUCCAUCGUGACCAUGGACUUGGAUAGCUGUUCAAUCCAGAGCUCCUCGCGGGCUGAGGAAGACCUCCCCACGGACAUAUCGGACGAAGUGGCCACCGAGCAACUCCAUGAACUCCGAUACAACGAGUUGCUGAGGCGAUCCCACCAGGAAGACCUGUCCAGCAUAGAGGAAACCAAUUGUGUAUACAAGGCUGGCUUCGACAAGCACGGACGAACCGUCAUUGUUUUCAUAGGCAAAUGGUUCAAACAGAGCGAGAUUGACUUGGACAAAGCCUUGCUUUACCUCAUCCGAUUGGUCCAUGAAGUGGCUGAUCACGACUACGUGGUGGCUUACUUCCAUACUCGAACUUCUCGGGACAACAUCCCGAGCUAUUGGUGGAUUAAAGAGGUGUACAACACUGUCACAUACAAGUACAAGAAGCACUUGAAAGCCUUCUACAUCGUACACCCCACUAUGUGGACCAAGAUGACGUGUUGGUGGUUUUCAACCUUCAUGGCCCCGGCCAUCAAAAACAAAAUUCAGAACAUCCCCGCCCUGGAGAUGCUCACCCCAUUUGUGGACCAGAAGGAAAUGAGCUUGCCCAUGUUUAUCACCGAGCAAGAUAUGGUGUUUAAUGGAAUCCGAUACUACAAGCCUUGAGCCCCUCGCUUUGAACAAGCCAACACCAUGAGAUGCCAAUUCAUUUAAUGUGUUAGCUUUGAUGCUGCUAGAACCUAACGUGCCAAUAACCAAAGAUAGUGUGGAGGCGUGUGCCCCCAAUACGUUCCCUUCCUCAAGAAUGAUAGUUUGAGAUACACAACGCACCCUCGCCCAACUUAAAAAAAAUCAAUGCAUUUACGAAGUGGAAUUCUUUUUGUUAGAAUAAUUCCCGUGGAAUAGUAGGGAUUCCAAUAGAUUCGCCAUAUAAACAUCAUCAUAAUCACUAUUCAUCUUAGUUGUCUUUGUUCUUCUGUGUUUGUUGUCCAACAUUUAUAUAGAUUUCUAUUAUUGAGGCCAAAUUGUUACAACGUUUACGAAAAAUAAACAAUUGAAUCACGGA